AUGGGGCCUUCUUUGGCAACAGCGAUGCUGAGCACGAGGCCAUCCGGUACGUGGUUCGCACUUGAUGAUCGAGCAUACAGUCACCUCCAAGAUUCUCACACGCCCCGCCUCUGCUCUCCUCUCCCCAACAGCGAGUGGAAGGAGAAGCAAGCAACACAGUUGGCUGAGCGCGAUAGCAAGGCCGCGGAAGCUGACAAGGCGCUGAAGGAAAAGGGUGAAAAGGAGCUGGAGGAGUGGCGCAACAAGCAGCGCAAGGCUGUCGAGGAUCGCCAGAAGCAGAACCAGGAUGACGAGGCGGCCUACAUUCAACAGCGCGACAAUGCUGAGCCCGGUAGCGAGUGGGAGCGCGUUGCCUUUCAUGUGGACUUUAACACAAAGAACAACUUCAACCACAAAGACACCAGUCGCCUCCGCUCCAUUCUUCUUCAGCUCGGUCACGCGCGCUCGUUCUCCACCCUGAUCGUUGCCUCCAUUGGGCUUCUCUUUGAGAUUAGAGAGAAUGAGAGUUUGGAGAGAGAGAGUGUGUGUGUGUGUGAAAAGAGAGAGAGAGAGAGAGAGAGAGAGAGAGAGAGAGAGAGAGAGAGAGAGAGAGAGAGAGAGAGAGAGAGAGAGAGAGAGAGAGAGAGAGAGAGAGAGAGAGAGAGAGAGAGAGAGAGAGAGAGAGAGAGAGAGAGAGAGAGAGAGAGGUGUGAGACAGAGAGAGAUCACAGAGAGAGAAUCACAAAGAAGAAGAAGAAAAAGAAAAACGAAGAAGCAGAAGCAGAAGCAGAAGAAGAAAGAUGCGACACAUGUAGCCGGUUUACCUUCCUACUGCAGCAGCAGCGUAACAGGUCACUUCUCUCUCUCUCUCUCUCUCUCCGUGUAUCGGGCAGUGGAGCGCGGUGCAUGUCACUGUACCAAGGGGGAGGUGGCGUGUUCCAAAAGCUCCUCGCCAAAACGCUCAACACCUACCUCAGCCCCUACCUCGAGGGCAUCGAUGCCGAACAGCUCAACGUCGGCAUCUGGGGCGGUGACAUCGAGCUCAAGGAUCUGCGCCUCAAGGCUGGUGUCCUUGCUGAGCUCAACAUCCCAGGCCGCGUCUAUCAUGGUCAUGUGGGCUCCAUCAUCUUGAAAGUUCCCUGGAAAGAUCUAUUUCCAUCACCCAAAAAGCCAGUGGUGGCCAAAGUUGACGAUGUGCUUAUUGUCCUCGGCCCAGAGCUAAAUCAACCGUUUGACCCCGAACACGAGGCCAAAGUACAGGAACAAGUCAAACAAUCGCUGGUAGCCCAGUGGAUGACACAGCGGCAGGCCCUGCUGGAUGCUGCGAACAAAACCGAUGCAAACGCUUCCUUUACCGAAAAGCUGGUGGCCUCAAUCGUCAAUAACCUCCAGGUGCAAGUGAGCAACAUCCACAUCCGGUAUGAGGACGAUGUCUCACAUCCCAAUCACCCGCUUGCCAUGGGUAUCACCCUCAAACGAUUGGCCGCUGAAACGACAAACAAAAACUGGGAGCCAACGUUUGCCGGUGGCAUGCCCAUCGAGGUCUUCAAGCUCGUAGAGCUCGAGGGCUUGAGUGUUUACGCCCAGCCCGAUGUCAGCCCCAUCAAAUCCUUACGGCGAGAUGUUUGCUUAAACAAGAUGCGCGAUCUUAUUCCUGGCCGCAAUCACCCGGUCGAGUUUGAUUACAUUCUACGGCCCUUGAGUUUGGAGAUGAAGGUCAUCCUGAACACAAAGGGUGAGGCUGCUAAGAUUCCCCAAAUCAACGCGAGCCUUGACCUGGGCAAGCUGCAGCUCGAGCUAAGCCGUGAUCAAUACGAAGAUCUGCUUCUGGUGUCCGAUGCCAUGUCGCGAUACGCUCGCCAACAGCCAUAUCGGGCUCUCAGGCAUGUCUGCAUGCCGGCCAUGAGUACGCCACGCACGCGAUGGCAAUACGCCAUCCAGGCGGCUCGUAAGGAUGCUCGCGAUCGACAGAGGGUGUGGACUUGGGAGCACUUCCGCAAACGCCGAGAUCAACGCAAGCAGUAUUUGGAGGUGUAUCGCCAGCUAGCCUCGGCGGCCAAGCCUUCCAAGGCGCUGCAAGCUGCAGUUGAUGACGCCGAACGGGACCUCUCAGCGCAAGACAUUAUUCUCUAUCGUGGCAUUGUGCUGGAGGAGCUGGACGAGGUGCGCAAAGAAGCAGAGCGCAUGAAGCAACAGGAGAAGGAGAAAAAGGACCAUGGUUCUUGGUUUGGCUGGUUGCGAGGUCAUCACAACGAGCCACACGCCGAGAACAAGGCCGCUGAGGAGGGAGAUGGUCUCACCAAAGAAGACAUGCACAAACUCUACGGGGCCAUUGGAUACACAGAGGGCGAGAAAAUGUCCGUCUUGUCGCCAGGAUACGUUGCAACGGUCUUCACACUCAAGCUUGAUAUCUUUUCCUUCAAAUUGCGCCAAGGUCAACGCGCUCUGGCGACUGCGGGCAAGUCCGCUCCGGGCUCCCUGGAUCUCAUGAGCAUCAAGCUCUACGCUCUGGAUCUCAAAUUUCAACAGCGCCCUGGCGCAGAGGCCAUGAGCGUUGCUUUGGGCUUGCAAGACCUUUCCAUAGUCGACGAGCUGCGCGCGGAAAAGGACUUUUGCGUCAUCGUCAGGCAGGCCAAGGACCAACGGGUGCUCGGAGGUGACAAGCAAUUGCGUCGCCAUAACCAGCGCGGGGGCUCGAUGCCAGAACUUCUGAAGCUAUUUUUCGAGACCAAUCCACUUGAUAAGCGUGCCGACUCGGCGCUGACUCUGAGUACAAGGCCCCUCGAGGUCGUCUACGUCGAGCAAACGCUAUCUGCUCUGUCCGAUUUUUUUGCUCCGCCUGCUGCUCUGGUUUCUUUGGAGGAUUUGGCCGACGCCACGUCAGCCAGCAUGUUAGCCAUCCAGGAGAGCACGGCCACAGGUCUUCUGUAUGCGAUUGAAACCCACAAGACGAUUGAUGUUGACAUUUGGGUUGGGGCCCCUCGUGUCGUUGUGCCAAGUCCCAAAGCCCUCCUCUUGCUCGACCUCGGUGCAAUGGAAAUCAAGUCUGAUCUCUCUCACGCUGGCCAGGCUAACAUUACCAACGUUAGUGUGGGCAUGUAUGAUCGUUUUCACAUUGGCCUCACAAACGUUCGGGCCGUCCUGUUGGGUCCCGUCAGCAGCGAGUUGGAGGCAACCAAACUGUGGUCACGAGCGCUGUUGAGCGAUGACAGCCCAUACCUGCUGCUCGAGCCCAUUGACACGACCCUGACGUUGCAGCAAUGUGUGGCCCAAGAUGAUGUCAACUAUGCUCGUCUCAAGGUCAAUGGAACCAUGGAAAAUGUGACGCUGCACUUUUCUGAUGCCAAGUAUCGCCGCCUCAUGGCCUUGCUGGAGCAUGUCACGCCAGAGCCCGCUGCCGUGCCAGUCGCUGCAGCCCCCUCAAAACCAGAAGCAGAGGUUGUCCGCGACGACAUGGCCAUUGAGGCUGAGCGGCGCCGCCGUGAGAUCGAGGCCCGGCGUGCAGCCAACGAGCGACGUCGCGCCAUAGAGGCUGCCCGUCGCUCCGAAAAGGCAAACGCCGAUCGCCAAAACACCAAGCACAAGGCACCUUCACAUACUCAAACCCUUCUCGGCGUCCCGGGCGUGUCCACCUCUCCGACGCCAAUGUCUUCGCCGAGCAAACGCACUUUAUCACCCAUUCGCGGACGCUCAAACCAAUGGUCCGUGACCUCACCAUCCCGCUCGCGUGCAUCAACGAUGACUGAGGAUGAGGAAACCUUUUACUCUUGCGAUGAGGGUGACAACUCGGACGCAGAGAGUCAUGCGUCGUUGUCCACACCAAAGCAGGAGGCUCGCUCUCGUUCGCGCUCACCCUUUCGGUUUGGCCGCGAUCGCCGCUCUACAACCCCAACCCCAACCACGCCCACCCCAGCUACCCCCACACCGGUUGUCGUUGAAGCUCAGGAGGACGAGCGCAAGCUCGAUCCAGAUGCACCGCUUAAAGCGGCACGGCACGUCAACGUUGAAGCUUCAUUCACCAUCAAGCUGAUUGCCAUCAAGUUGCUUGAUGCCCAUCAGGCCAAUGAGGGCGACACGGAGGAGCCUCUUGCUACCCUGCGGCUGUCGGGGCUCCACAUUCAACGCUUUAUCAUGCGCGAGGACAUGCGCGCUUCGUUAAGCCUUCAAGAGUUGCGAAUCGUAGAUCACCUCGCCCAGCGCAACUUGCUCGAGUCUCGUCCAGUAGACCUGGAAAACAUGGCGACAGCUGCCGCGGGAGCACAUGCACCCCGAGCCCUCGUUCUGGUUGAGUUUGCCUCGUGUCCCGCCACGUCUCUGCUCUUUGAUGAACACAAGCACAUCUUGCAACAAGCUACCAUCCAGAUUGGUUGCCUCAAAGGCACCAUUGUACAAGAGAGUCUUGCCCGUCUUUUGACAUGGUCCUCAUCAACCUUUGCUGCUCCCGAAGCUGACGCUGGUACUGCAGCAGCGCGUCCAACGACUGACACCGACCCAGCUUCUGAGCCGUCUGCUGACAUUCCAGAGGUAGCUUCUUCCAACACAGCAGGCAGCGCUACGCCCGUUCCCGGCAGCAACGUGCAUAGUCCCGUCGACGCUACAAAGCCCGUCGCCGCCACAAAAGUGACCAACCUCAAGGCCAAUGUGUCGAUUGAUGGACUCGAACUUCGAUUAGAAACAGCCUCUCAGGCUUUGGCUUCAACGACCAUUUCACAAAUCGCCGUUGCCGCAACCAUGACGGACGAGGCCACACACGCUGACGUGGACGUGGGAGCUUUGGAAGUUCAGGAUUUGAGUUCUCCCUCAAGCCUCUAUCCAAUCAUCUUGACCAACACUGGAGAUCGUAUGCUCCACCUGAGCUUUGUUUCGUAUAAUCCCAGCCCCACGCGCGAAGACACCGAACCAGACAUGCGCAUUCAACUGCGCGUGGAUCAGCUCAAGGCCUAUGUUUUGAUGCGCUUCAUCACCGACCUGUCAACAUAUGCGGCUGGCUUGAGUCCCGAUGAGUCAGUGUCAACGCCCGCGUCAGUCCAUCCAUCCGCCUCGAGUGAUGCAGGUCUCCACAAGCAACCCGUCGCGAGCCCAGCAUCCAAGCACUCGCUGGCGCCACCGCCGCGUGCUGCAUCUCCCACGCCCUCCAUGACCUCGCGCCUAUCAGUGCUCACCACAAACACAGCCAUUGCCGCAGUGGAGUCAGUGGUGGCCGCAGCCGCCGCAGCUGUGGGUACGAAGAUCGCGUUGGAUGUGAUGCUCAAAGCGCCGCACAUUGUGGUGCCCGUGUCUUCAACCUCACAAACUGCCCUUGAGGCUGACUUGGGUACGCUGACUGUUUCUAAUCUGAUUGAGCAACGAACACACGGGGAGGCCAGCACGCCUUACGUAGCUGAUGAGAUGCGCGUGGAGCUGCGGGAGGUUUUCAUUGUGCUUCAAGAAGACAAGGCCAAGGCGCGGCACUUGCUCAACAAACUGAAUAUUGGCAUCGUUGUUGAGAGAUGCCUGAGCCUUGAUUUGCCGCAAGUACCGGACGUAGCAGUCCGAGGAGAGCUGCCGGACAUCACGCUCAACGUUGACGAUGCUGAUGUGGCCGCUCUCAUGACUCUAGCCAGCGACAACAUGGCAGAAGCACCGGUUUUGCCGCCCAAGCCCACACCUCCGACGACUGCAGCCCAAGGCCACACUCAAGACCGCCUUGCGCAACAAACAGCUACCUUUAAGGCCAUUGCACCUGAACUUGCCCCUCCGAGUUCUGAAGGUUUGGAUGUUGCAGCUCUCGAGGCAGAAGUGCAGGACAUCCAGCCGGUGACGUCAGCACCGCUAGUAACCGUCGUAGAGGAGCGCGACGAUGGACUUGAUGGGGAAGCGGCCACGGCGGCAUCUUCCCUGCCCCGAGCUCCUCGAAUGAGCCGCCCUCGUUCCGUGUCUGUGGCUGUCAUGUCCGCUCUUCAGUCGCAACCUGAGCUGCAGCAAAUUUGGGAGGCCACAGUGGUGGCUAUGAAAAUUGAUCAAGUGGCCUUGCACUUGAGCAAAGGCCAGCACGCACUGGCCUCCGUGUGGCUGCGCGAUAUUGCUCUCGCUGCCAAGAUCGAGUCUGAUGGUGCGAUCCAAGCCACCAUUCAAAUGGCAUCGCUGGCUGUCAAAGACACUCGUGAUGGUUCGAGCUCUCUCUAUCGCAUGUUGCUGGGUUGGCGUGAUUCUGACGAUGUGCGAGAAGAGGAGCAGAAUGCCAUGGCCAACGUCGUGGCUGAUGAUGAGCGAGCCCUGUUGGAGCUCAAGGCUGCCACAAGCGUUGCCUCGGGUGCUGAUCAGAACGUCAACAUGCUUCAGCUUCGUUAUCGCGCUCUGAGCGAUCAAUCCACCGUUAGCAUUACGCUGGAUGGCCUUCGUUGCCAACUGUGCAUGGACUUUUUACUGGCCUUGGCGGCUUUCAUGCCCUCUCAACCAGCCACAACAACAACUGUAUCGUCUCCGGAAACAAGUGAAGCACCCGUGGUCGAUACGAGCACUGGCACGUCUGUUGAGCCCGAGGAGGUCCAAGCAGCAUCUGGCAGCAUGCGCGUGUCCCUCAACCUGACCGAUGCAGCCAUUGUUAUCUACGCUGAUCCGGCAAAACCAGCUUCGCGCGCUUUGCGCGUGGGCCUGGAAACUCAGGUUGUGUGUGCUCUUCCCUUUGCAUUGCUUCAAUGCGCAUUCUGUGUUGACACGGACCUUCUGAUUCUCUCACUUGUGUGUGUGUGUGUGUGUGUGUGUGUGUGUGUGUGUGUGUGUGUGCGUGUGUGUGUGCGUGUGUGUGUGUGUGUGUGUGUGUGUGUGUGUCAUAGCAUCAUGUACGGCAUGGGAGCAGAGCAAAUAAAUGCAUCAGUGGACCUGGCUGAGCUCAAGGUGGCCUCGCUCAAGCACAUUGGUCGGCGCGCCCUCCUGAACACCAUGUUGCAACCCACUGCGAUGGCCAUCAUGUUUUCGCAGUCCAAUGAAGAUGGAACCAUGACGGUCGACGUCCAAGCCAAGCGGAUGUCUCUGACGCUCAGUUAUUUGGAUUUGGAAAUUGUCAAUGCAGUGCUGGCUGCGCUGGCCCCGACGCCGGAUGAAGAACAAGCUGGACCCAUGGAGACACUCCUGUCUCUCGAGGGCCGGGACGUGGACGAGGAAGCUUGGUACCUCAAGGACAGCGAGGCCGAUGAUGAUACUUCACUGGCCAGUGUCCGAACGAGUGCCAGCGCCGGCCCCGUGGGGAGCGGGCGUUUCACGCCAUCGCAAUUUGCUGCUUCCACAGUGGCACCGGUGCGACCACUGUUCCUCGUUUCGACGUCACUGUCAGCCAACGCACGGAACCUAUCCUCUGCCACAGAGCCGCUUCAAUUGUGGGCCACUGUUGGGCUGGGCAUCAACUACUACAACGCCAAAGUAUCUACUUGGGAGCCUUUGAUUGAACCCAUCGUUGAGACUGCUGAGGACCGAAUUCGACUCUGGCAGCUACAAGCACACCUGACGAUCAACCCUUCUCCAGUGGACUCGGCAGACGCGCCUGACCGGCAACUCGCACCACCCCGUGCUCGCAGCUACUCAGACCCGGAAGCCUUCGUCGACGCGGAGAGGUCCGAGCUUGCCAGCGCGACAGAUGGCUUGAAUAGUGAAGGUAAUCUUCCAACAACCAUCUGCUUGCUCAGCAGUGCCGACGCACUGGAACUCAACUUUAGCACGGCCUUGUAUCAAGUCCUAAUGGAGUCGAGCUUUGUGAGUCCGCCCAUAAGUGCCGCGGGCGCAUCGUCCUCGGAUGGUCGCAUCAACUCCCAGACGGCCGACGAGCGGGAUUUUGCCCCCUUUAUCCUGGUCAACGAAACGGGCUACAACGCACAAGUCACGGUCGAGGAGCAAACGCAGGCCUUGGAGGCCUGCGCAACGAUGGGUCUGCAGUUCACCGAUCGUCACCUCCAGGACCCGCGUCCUCUGAAAACGCUUCUUCUCAGCAGCCAGCAGGACACGCGUACAAUUGACGUUCAGCUCGAGGGUUGCAGCCUUCUUCAAGGCAUAGAGGUGGAAGCUGUGGGUUUGUACGGUUAUGAGGUUCAGGCUGGUGCGCGCUCUGUGCAUUUGGCAGUGGAGGUGAUCAUGAAGGGGGCACAGAAGCAGGUCAUUCUUCGUUCUACACUUCGUGUACGCAACGAGCUGCACAUUCCCAUCGAUGUUGCGUACGUGGACGGCACGAGUGGCGAGGCCGUCGUGCUGGCUCAAGUGGAGCACGAAGAAACGUACAACUUGCCAUUGCUUGUCGCCUAUCGAGGGUUUCAAAUCCGACCUUCAGGAAUGUCGUAUGGUUACAGCACCACGAUUGGUUAUGAUAAGAACUAUCACGUGGUGCAAUGUGAUGCUUUUGAGAGCAGCACUGAACCAGAGAAUGCGCUGGCAGCCUCGGUAGGCCACACCGAGGGCCUGAAGCUGCAGGUGGUGCGCAAGCGCCAACGCUACAUUACUGGCCAACCGGGCAAGCAACACCCGCAGCACACCAUUUUGUUAACUUCGCCACUUACGCUUCGCAACUGCCUGCCGGAGCAAGUCCUGCUCAAGCUAAUGUAUCCGGGUCUCACCACAACUCCAGUCGACGUCCACCUGGAACCAGGGCAGCUUCUGCCGGUGCUUGAUGCUCUGCACCACGACGUGACAGCGAGCUUUACAGUUCCGGGUGCUCGAGCCAAGGGCUGCGCCGAGUUGGAGGAAACGCUGUGGUCCGAGCCCGUGCCGCUCCUGACUGCAGGGCAAACGGAGAAGGAUGGUGUUGUGGAUAUCACCGUUGCCCACGAGCGCAUCAUGUCGUUGAAUUUGGAUAUUGCAACGAACAAAGUGGACCAUUCGACCUUGAUGAACAUUGCAGCCCCCUAUUGGAUUAUUAACAAAACCGGGCAGCCGAUUGAAAUCCGGCAAAAGGGUGACAAGGAGGAUGGCCCGUCUGUGCGACACAUCCCCGGCGGCCAUGAGAGCCCGCUUUUGUUUUCGUUCUCGCAGCAUCGUGCCAAAACUUCACGGGCUCGCUUCCGGAUCGCAGACAGCAAGUGGAGCGACGGCAUCAACCUCAACACUGUGGGACAUACCGACGUUGUUACUAUGCCUGGUACAAAUGGGGGCGAGCAGAGCUUUUCAAUUCGCAUCUCACUUGCUACCGGUGGUCUGACACGCAUCGUGCUGCUGGAACCCCGUUUUCUUCUGCGCAACGAGUGUCGUCGGGCGCUGCAUUUUGCUGAGGCUGGUCUGGACGGUGCUGAGGUCCAUCAAAUUAAACCGUCUGAGUCGGUGCCGCUCUGGCUUACCCGCGCGCCGUUUUUACUAUCUUUUGGCUUAAAGGCUAAGAAACUCGAGCACACUAUACCCGUGGGUCAGCCAGGCUCAUUCGGGCUCAUGUUCCGUCACAAAAACCAUGAUAACGAGUAUCACGUUGUGCGCGCUAGCGUGCGGCCGGCAGGGGUCGGGGCCGGCGACGAUGCAUGGGUGACGCUGGCAGCGGGCCAGAAGGUUUUCUUCAUGCGCACGGAUUCCAGCGGUGCCCAGGCCGUCGAGUGGCGCUUGCAAGGGCAUGACGCCAUGGUGAAGCGCAGCUUCAACAAAUUUACAGUGUCCAAGCACAUGGUUGCUCUGCCAGAGCAAGCCAAUGACUUGCGCCUUUACUUUGCCUCGUUUCCUGAUGGUGCAGAGCCAGUCUUUGUUAUCACAGAUCGGUCUCAUGUGGCCCAGUCCAUCACGCGACUCUGUACUCUUUCCAAAGACCGGGAUAGCAUGCAGGCACGGCCCCCGAAUAUCGUCAAGCCAAACUUGCACUUUACCUUUGGCCUUGCAAGCCUCGGGCUCUCUUUAAUCAACGGCAAGAGGCUCGCCAUCACGGCUAUGUUGAUGCCCGGUUCACAGCCCGAGGAAGUGGCGUACAUCUCCUUGCGCGGCCGGACGGUCUGGGAGCACAUGUUGCCUGCAACCAAUCAGUGGGGCGAAGAUUGGCUGCGCUUUGCUAAUGGCGCACAGAAAAAACUCGACGCUGCUGCACAAAAGGGUGCCUCAACACAGAGCCUGCCGCUGGAAGACGGCAUGAAGGUGGAUCUUCAGAGCCUGACCUUGCAAUUUCGCAACGAGGAGCCCCUUCCCAUCCGCCGCCAUCAGCAUCCGGGCCUGGCUUUGACGUACAUCGAUUGUCCACGCCAAAGCAUUGUGCAGUUCAACAUUGAGAGAUUGCAAAUUGACAAUCAGGCAUUUGACCCGUACGUUCCAGUAAUUCUCAACUCGGCAAAGCCCACACAAAGCACGGCCCCUAUUCUGCCCGUCGUCAAGAUUUUACUCAUUCAAAACAAAGUGUCAGCCGACUUGGCUUCGGGAGCCGAGGGGCCCACCGUGCCAGUCGUCAUGCUGGAUCGCGUAUCAAUCUUGCUGCAGAAGCUCGAUCUUUCUGUGUCAGAUCGUUUCUUGCUGCGCCUACUUUCCGUGUUCAUACCCGAGGCCGAACAACUGGCGCUGGCUGUGGACGUCGAGGGAGACCUGCAAUGGACCUCGAAACAAAACCUGGAGAGCAUGGUGGUUUCGUCCCAAGGAUCAGACACUCGAAUUAGCUGCGGUCUUUUGGAGCUGCACCCCAUUGCCAUCAAUGUGGCUGUGACACCUGUCUUUGAAAGCGAUGGCUCUAUCCAGAGCAACAACCCACUCUUGGCAUUCCUGAAAGCGGUGGGCGUCUCCUUGACCAACCUGGAUGUGCCUUUCCAAAUGAACGCCUUGUUCUUGCCAAAUGUCUUUUGUUCGCAAAAUGAGCUCAUCACCGAAGUCUCGAAUCAUUACAUUCACGAAGGCAUCAUGCAAGUCGUCUUGGGCCUUGACUUUUUGGGCAAUCCCGUCAAGUUUUUGGACCACGUCAGCACGGGUGUGACGGCGCUGUAUUACGAACCCUUUUUUGAGGGCCUCCAGAGCAUGGCCUCCAACACAGUGGCAGGUGCAGCAGGCGUGGUGACCAGCAUCACCGGCACUUUGGGCAAUGGCUUUGCAGCUCUGACCAUGGAUGCUAAUUACCAGCGCUCACGCAAAUUGGCAGCUGCUCGCCAUAAGACGGCGCUGCAAAAACUCUCUCAUGGUGGUGAGUCCCUCCUGAGAGGCGUGUACGAAGGUGCAUCAGGCCUCAUUCUACAGCCCUUCCGUGGUGGCAAGGAGGAGGGGGCUUUGGGCUUUGUCAAGGGCUUGGGUAAGGGCGUGCUUGGUCUGGUUGCCAAGCCCGUGACCGGGGUCAUUGACAUGACCACCUCCACGAUUGGCCUCUUGCAACAACUUGCCGGGGGCGAUGUGGAUCAUGAGCGCGUGCGCCUACCACGCUACUUUCGUCGGGAUAUGAUUUUGCGCCCGUACGAUGCGCACACGGCCGAGGGUGCCAGUUUGCUGCAGGCGCUGAUCUCCCGCAACGACCAAGAUUAUCGCCGCGACUGGUACAUGGUGCAUCACAUCCUCGCGGGCAAGCGCAAAAAGCCUGUGAUUGCCUUGUUUACGAGUGAACACGUUUUGUUGCUGCCUAUGGAUUCAACCUCGCCCAUCUGGCGCAUUUCCAACGAUCACGUGAAAAGCAAUCGCAUCAUCCACAACAAGGGCUUGGAGAUUGUCCAUGACACGCCGCAGGCCUUGACCAAAAAGGGCAAGGCCAAGAAGGUUCUUUUGCCAUCGACUCGAGAUGGUGCAACAGAAACGCUCAAAGAGUGCUUGGAAAAGGCCGUAUCAGCACAGUAAAUAUGAUAAAGGCUGGGUGGAUGAUGCAUCCUAUCCUGGUUCUUCGACGCGCAGGCAGAUGUACUGGUCGUGUCAAUUGUGCCAAGUGUGCGUCCCAAGAGCUCAAAGCCAAUUGGUAUAUUGAAAACUG